AUGGUAAUUUUGUCUUCACUAUAUGCUAUUAAGCGAGAUGUUUUAAUAUCUCUAGUCUUUACAACCUUGAUUUUAAUUUUGUCACGUUCAAGUUCGAUCCAAGCUGGAAGAUCCAACACUACAAAAAGAAAUCAUAAUCCGAGCGUUGGUCAAUUACAAUACUACAAGAAUCAUCACGAGUCUGUAACCGUGGAGAAGAUGUCAGUGUUUGAUAAAUUCAGGCGAGGAUCGUCUAAAGUUCGGAGAAAGAUUGUUGGCAACGAAGAAGAGAAGCGAUUUAUCCCCGCCGGUCCAAAUCCUCUUCACAACAAGUAGAUUAACGAGAGAUGCAAAACAUACUUCCCCUUCGUAUAUGUUAGUUUGAUUUUAAGAUUAAUAUUUUCUAAUAAAUAGAAAGCAUUUUUGCAAUA